AGCUCAUGAAGUAAAGGUUUUAAAACGCAGCAGAAGGAUUUCCUCGCAGACCUCUCAGCACUAUAGUGGCAGCAGCAGAGAUGGAGAUCAAUCUCAGAUCGUACCAGGAAGAGGUGGUGCAGACAGCACUGAGAGGAGAGAACAGCAUCAUCUGGCUGCCCACCGGUGGAGGAAAAACCAGAGCAGCAGUAUAUGUCACUAAGAAACACCUGGAGACCAAAACCAAUGGCAAAGUGGCAGUGCUUGUCAACAAGGUGCAUCUGGUAGACCAGCAUUAUGAAAAAGAAUUCAGGCCUUACCUUGGAAAAGAAUGCAGGAUAGUGGCUAUCAGUGGAGAUAGUGAUGAGAAAGACUUCUUUGGAAAUGUGGUCAGGAACUCAGACCUGGUCAUCUGCACUGCUCAGAUCUUGGAGAAUUCCCUGGCAAGCAUGGAGGAGGACAAACAUGUGGAGCUCACAGACUUUACCCUGCUGGUCAUAGACGAGUGUCACCACACACACAAAGACAAUGUCUAUAACAAGAUUAUGAGCCGCUUUGUGGAAAUUAAAUUGAAAAAGGAAAGGAAUCUGCCACAGGUUUUGGGCCUCACGGCAUCACCUGGGACUGGAGGAAAUAAGAAUCUGGAUAAAGCUGUUGAACACGUCCUGCAGAUCUGUGCCAAUCUGGAUUCUGCAAUUGUGUCCACCAAGAAUUAUAUGCCAGUGCUGCAAAGAGUUGUCCCCAGACCCAAAAAGAAAUAUGACAUUGUUGAAAAAAGACUUAAGGAUCCAUUUGGGGAUCACCUGAAGUCGAUGAUGUCAAUGAUUCACAAGUUCAUGCCGUCAAAGGAGUGUUUAAGCCUGCAAGAGGUGGGCACACAGGAAUAUGAAGCUGACGUGGUGGAACUGGAAAAAAAAGGUGUAAAGUUGGAGAACAGAUUGAUCGCUCAAUGUGCUCUGCACCUGCGGCAAUACAAUGAUGCUCUUCUCAUCAAUGACACUGUUCGCAUGGUGGAUGCAUUCCGGGUUCUAAGCGAGUUCUAUACUUCAAGGAAAAACUUUCUGGAUGGAACUGAUUACUUUCUCCAGGGGCUUUUUGAAGAGAACCGUGUAGAGUUAUGGCAGCUGGCAUCGAAUGACGACUAUGAAAACCCCAAACUGGCCCAGUUGCAGCAGACACUGGUAGAACAGUUUAAGGACCAAGACUCUCGUGGUAUCAUCUUCGCAAAGACCCGCAGGAGCACCCACUGUCUGUAUGACUGGGUGAACUCCAACUCUGAGCUGCGUAGAGUCAAUAUACGUGCUGGCAUUCUCACUGGAGUGGGCGCUGGUGUGAACCACAUGACCCAGAGAGGACAGAAGGACACUAUUAAAACAUUUAGAGACGGUGCCCUGAACCUCCUUAUCUCCACCAGUGUAGCAGAGGAAGGCCUUGACAUUCCAGAAUGCAACGUGGUUGUACGUUAUGGCCUGUUGACCAAUGAAAUUGCUCAGCAGCAGGCCAGUGGGCGGGCUCGAGCUCAGAACAGUGUCUACUCAGUGGUGGCUCAAGAAGGUGGCCGUGAGCUACGCAGGGAGUUCAUCAAUGAACAUCUAGAAAGCCUGACCGCAAAAGCUAUUGACUUUGUGCAGAGCAUGACUCCCAGGGAGUUCCAACGGAAGAUAUCAGAGCUUCAACAAAUGGCUGUUAUGAUUCGAAUCCAGGCUGAGAAGAACAGGGAAGAGAGAAAGCAGCACUACAAUCCAGCUCAGGUGCAGCUUCGGUGUAGAGGAUGCUUCACUCCCGUCGGCUAUGGAGCAGAUAUAAGACACAUAGAGAAUUCACACCAUGUUAACGUCAAUCCUGAUUUUGACAGGUAUUAUAAAGCAGGUGGGCCGGUAUUUCUGGAAAGGACUUUUGAAGAUUGGGAACCUGGACGUGUUAUCAGCUGCAGUAAGUGUGGAAAGGACUGGGGAAUGGAGAUGAAAUUCAAGAAAGUGGCAAUUCUUCCCUGUUUGAAAAUAAAGAGCUUUUCCUUGAACACUCCUCAGGGUAAAUUCACACACAAGAAGUGGAAAGACGUUGAGUUCCAAGUCGGAGAUUUUGACUUAACUCAGUACAUGACUAGCCAUUUCCCUGAUCUGGACUUCGAGAAUGAUGACUGACAGGCCUGCCAUUACUUAGUCGAAGAACUAAUGAACUCAAUGACAGCUAUUCUGACAGCCUUUCUGUGUGCAAUAGGUAUUUCUAUGCCAGAAGUUUUUUAACAUAUACUGCAACAGUAGUUACAAAUUCUAGUAGUCACUUUCUUACACAUAAGAAUCUGUUUUGUUUGUAUGUGUGUGUGCAUGUAUGUGGGUUUAUUUAGAUAUACAGUAGUUUGGGGCCAAAAUUGUCCCUAAAAGUGAGUUAAAUCUGACAAUGCCUUCCUUUGGGGACAUCAGGGUCAUCCUCGCUGCCCAAUUCAUAAAUGCACCAAUAAUGUUUAUUAUAAUUAUUAUUAGAAAUGCAAAAGUCUUGGCUAAGGAUUUUUAGGGUCAGUCUGUAGUCAUUAUAAUUAUGUAUUGCUUGGACAUGAUGAGUAUUAUAGUCAAAACACUUAGUAGUGUGCCAUUGUCUCCAGGCAAGAAACUUUUUAAGUAAAUAGUGAUAAGUGAUAGUUCACUUAAAAAUGAAAAUUCACCUAAAAAUGUAUUUUAAAACAACAGAAGUAAUGAAUGUUUUCAUUUAGAUGGUUAAGUAAACAUGUGCAUGCAUGUAUGUAAUUUAUAUUUAUUUUCAUGCUUACUGGUUUAUUUAUCUCUGGGAUCAUAGCUAUUGUUUACAUUACCAUUUAAUGUGUCUCAUUAAAAUGCAUGCGGUUAACAUUCUGACAGAACACUGGUUCGCUUAGACCAUCAAAUUCUCUCCGAGUUAUGAAUUCAACUGUCUUUUUCAACUGUUCAGGUUUAUUUGUGUGUCGUAAAGUAAGUUUUCUUAUCAGAAAAUGUGUAAAAUAUACGUAUAUGUCUCAUCACUGGUAUUUCAGAAGCAUUUUUAUAGUUAAUGUGAUGUAUGUUGUAUGUCCAUAUUGUACAUAUCUGUAAAAUAUAAUAAAAUAAAUAAACUAUACACUUUAAUUGGAAAUGUUUGACAUCUUUA